AUGAUUUGCAUUCUAAAGCUCAUAGCAGUCCUUCAUCCAAAGAAUGUAGUGUGCAGAGAUACAUCUAAUAUUCAAAGUGAGGAGAUCUCAAAUGGGCCCUUUGAAAUCUCCAAGCAAGCUCUGUUCAAGUAUGAAACUGGGGAUAUCUCCGGAGCACAGAAAAUAUUCUCAGAAAACUGGAGCAAGUUUUCUUCAAUAGAGCUGUUUCAAACGAGCUAUCUUUCCUUUCUUCUUAAAACCGGACAGUACCAGAAGAUGUUUGAACUAAAAAAUAUUCAAGGUGAAAAAAACAUUGAAAUGCUGCAACAAGCUAAAGAGUGCUUGAGAAAGCUACUGUCAAACGAUCCUAAGCAGAUACUGUCUCUCAUAGAGAUAUCUCCCGACUCCCUGGAAGCUAACAGUGCUGUUAUCAAGCAACUCAUUAAGUCCGGCGAUGUUCGCAAAGCUCAGCAGUAUCUGGUGCAGCUUGAAAAAGUAUAUCCGCGGAACAAUGAAGUCCUGAAUCUGCGUAUAAUGGUUGACAUAUCACUAGAGAAUAUAGGCAGCGCUAUGGAUGCUUUGAAAAGAGCUGAUUUCAAUCUACAUACAACCUUCAAAACACUAUAUACAACCGUUCAAUCGAUUCUCAGCAUAUCCGACAUUGACAUGAAGCUGAAUAGACUCCUGGGAAUGUAUCGAGAGCUGUAUGGCCUGCAGUUCAGCUCCCCAGACACGUUUGGAUUGUUUUCGUAUCUCUAUAGAUUUACCCUGAGAAAAAUUGUAGAGAUAGGAUGUGACAGUCUUAAACCUGUGGAGUCAUUUGCUAGAUUGCUCCUAAAACUAGAAAAGAACGAAUUUUCAAUAUUUUACUAUAUUAAAUCACUAAUUAUAGAUAGAAAAUUGAAGACGGCGCUUGAUGAGCUAGCCAACUAUGACAAGGAGCUGGGCCACAAUGCAAAAAAUAGUCUCAAGCAAUUUGUACAGCAAAUGCAGAGUAAGAUUGACGAGGAAGAAAAGGCCAGGGAAGAGGAGAGAAGGAGGCAGAAAGAGUGGGAGCAAAGAGAACGACAGCGCUCAUAUGAGAGACAGGCAACAAGCAAGGCUGGACAGGACUUUCUGGGAUACUACAAGGCAUUGGGCGUAGACAAGGCUGUUACGGCAGAUAAUCUGAAAAAAGUUCAUCGUAAGAAAAUACGAGAGGCUACUAAAAAAGCAGCUAAAAACACUAGCAUUACACAAGAGCAGAAGGAUGGCGAAGCCAAGCUUAUCAAUAAGGCGUUCCAGAUACUAUCAGAUCCCGAGAAGAAGAAGAUGUACGAUCUCGGCAUAGAUCCCGAGAAGGGCCCACAAUAUGGAGAUCGCCAACACCAAGGAUAUGGCUAUGGAUCAGGUGGACCGUUCUUUGAUGAAGAUCAAAUCAACGAAAUCUUCCAAUCGUUCUUUGGCGGCGGUGGAGGCAGACGAGGCGGCGGUAGAUAUCAGAGGAGAACCCAGUAUAUUUUUUUGUAG